ACGUUAGGUCGACCACAAGCUGCGCCAAUCGAAGCCGUCGCCGCCGGUGCACAGCGCGGAGCGAGUAAUCCGGACGUUUUUUUCAAAUGAAAAAAAAAAUCGCUUCAAAGAUAAAAGUUUGCCGACUGACGACUGUUACAGUCGAACUGCAGUACUUCAAUGCGUUCAUAAUUUUCGUGAUCGUCCCGACUAACCCGUGUUCGUUCCAAAAUUAAUUAUUGUUAAUGUUUUUAAUUAAUUAACCGUUUUCGUUUUUGUAGUUUACAUUUUCCAAAUUAUUUGACGAUACCUUAAUACAUUAAUUGAAUCAACUGAUAAUAUAAUCGCAUCACAAAACUGUUAUCCCAGGCCGUCUUGGCCAAUUUUUUUUCGGCCCUAGACCGACGUGCUUAGUAUCCGUCAGAAAUAUUACAAUAUGUGGAACGACGGUUACCAUCAUCACAGUUGCAACAGAAACGGUAUAUGUUCGUUCUACAGAAGGAGGCACGUUUACAGAGACUUUCAGUCGAAAAUGAAAUCCGUCGAACAGAGUACGCCGUUACCUAUAAUGCAGAACGGACGUUUAAACGUGUCGACAGCUGACUUAAAUCACGUGCGACCAGCUGCCAUGUUGUCCACGUGCGACGACCGCCAUCGCGGGGCCACCACUAACGCCACCACUGCGGGCGGCCGCGCACAACAAACCGAUCUCAGCCGCCUGGCCGUCCUGAGCUACGAACAGGUGGCCCGACUGAACGACGUGAUGGACGAGACAGUCAGCAUCCACGGCCGCGGAAAUUUCCCCACGCUCGAGGUUCGUCUCCGUGACCUGGUGGCGAUGGUGCGCGACCGUCUGCGCGCCCAAGCCGCGCCUGAAGACGACGACGUCGCGUUCCCGGCCGAAAGGUCCGCGGCUCCGUCGCCGGACGCCGACGACACGUGCUUUCAGGUGCGAAGCAUCAGACUCAACGGUGGGGCGGCCUCACACGUGCUGACCACGGACACGCAACCGUAUAACGACCUGGACCUGAUAUUCAACAUCAGCCUGUCUGGGAACCGAGACUUUGACCGCGUCAAAUCGGCCGUGCUCCGGGCCCUGGUCGACUUGCUGCCAGAAGGCGUCAGCCGCAAACGAAUGACGCCGUGCAGCAUCAAGGAGGCAUACGUGAGCAAAAUGGUCAAGGUGAACAAGGACGGCGACCGGUGGUCGCUGAUAUCGCUGGGAACGUUACCGGGCCAGCGGAACGUCGAGCUUAAGUUCGUCGAUCGGAUGAAGAGGCCGUUCGAGUUUAGCGUUGACUCGUUCCAGAUCGUGCUCGACUCGCUGCUGUUGUUCUACGAGUGUUCCAGCGGCGUGCCGAUAAGCGAGAGCUUUUAUCCGACCGUUGUCGGUGAGUCCGUGUACGGUGACUUCCGGGAUGCCAUGUUCCACCUGGAAAACAAGCUGAUUGUUACCAGGAACCCGGAGGAGAUCCGGGGCGGCGGGCUACUCAAGUACUGCAACCUGUUGUUGCGCAACUACGCACCCGACUACGACGGUGACGGCACCAAGAAGUUGGAACGGUAUAUGUGCUCCAGGUUCUUCAUCGACUUCUCAGACAUACACCAGCAGCGUGCCAAAUUAGAAAACUAUUUGAAAAAUCACUUUUGCGCGCCUCAAGAAGAAUACAUGAAGCUCCAGUACCUAAACGUACUGAAACAGGUGGUUGAAGAGAGUACCGUGUGCCUGAUGAUACACGAGAGGCAUCAGACGCUAUCGCUGAUCGCGGAAUUGUCAUGGCGGUUGAUGGCCGGUCACGGAAUGUACUACUAUUACCAUCCACAGCCGCAGCUGACCAUGUCCAUCGGACAUCACAGCCAAUUGCCGGCACAACUACAUUGCCCUUCAUAAGUGUGUUUGAAUUUGAUUUUUUUUUAAAUAUUUUUAUUAUUAUUAUUUUUUUUUUUAGAAAAAUGAUACGUUUAACAAUUUAACAACAAAAUGUUCAUAUUAUGUUAUUAUAUAUAUACAUGAUCUCUAAAAAACACAAGUCUCUCGCACUCUGCCUCGCUCGCCCCCUCCAUCCCAACAAAUUUUUAUUUGACACCCGCGUAACGGAACCGACCCAGUGAACAAAUUUUCACGUUUGUAUAUUGUCCGUACGACUUUGAACGAUUUAUCUUUAAAUGUCUGUUAAUUUAUUUAAAUUGUGUAAUAUAUUUUAUGAUUGCGCAUUCGUGUUUUACGUAUGUUUUCGGUUAAGAAAAAUGUAAUAGGCUUUAUGAGGUUGAACAAAAAAAAAUAUUUUAUAUUUACUUUCGUUGCGUACUUAAUUGGCUACAAUUUUUUUUUGCGUUUUGGCAGCCAUCGUUGACUAUUGCAUAUUGUCUAUGUUAUAUAUGAACCAAAAGAGGGAAUACAUUUCUGCAGUAUACAGAGCGGAACGGCCAACAAAUGAAACACCAAAUCUAUUAUAAUGUUUUUAUUUUUUUCUAAUCCUAUAUAUUAUAAUUUAAAAACAAAAUAAUAUUAAUAUAUGCUUAUACAUACAUCUAUGAUUCGGAAGCAAACUAGACGGUUAAUAAUAUUGUAUUCAUUAUAUUAUUGCCCACCGUCUUGUAAUAAUGGAGUUACAAUCAAUCCCCAAAUCGGCUGUCCUAAAUAUAAAUAUAUGCUAUAAAUAUAGUAUAUUUUAUAUGCUAAGAAAAAAAUGUUUUUGGCCCGAGUUUGAGAGACUUAUUCUUAUUAUUUUCUAUUUAAUAUAUUUGUAUAUAUAAUACACACACACACACACAUACACAUACAUACACACCCGCAUUCACGUGCGUAAUACAAUGUACAAUUUCAAAAUUUAAACAGUUGUUUUACUUGAAAUUAAAAAUAUUAAAAUAUUAUAUCGCAAGUCUGUGAAAAUAUCUCGACCGGUGAGAUGUCCGUAUUGCGGGGAUAAAAAUGAAAAAAAAAAAUACAAAAUAUAUGAUGUGAACCGGUACCGCGCCGAAAUUUUUAAAU